GAGAGGAGCGGCCGCCGCGGGAGCGCCAGCGCCCCCUCCCCCGCCGCCGCCUCCGGCCCCCGCGUGCCGCCCGCCCCGCCGCCCGUCGUCUACGCCCAGAGACCGGACCCUCGCGCCGCCCGCGACUUGUGGCAUCUUGGAGUUGAUGGGAACUGCAGAGGCACUCAGGUGCUGCCCCCCUCCCAGCCAGUGAAGACACCUUCGCGCAGCUCCUGGACACUGCCCACCUUCGUCUUCUGCUCUGGCACUGCCAGGAAUGAGCCUCCCCCCAAGAGUCUCCUCCAUUGUUCCUUAGAGGAACAGGUCACUGCUGCCGCCACCACCUCUUCUUCAGCGAGCCUCAGCUACUCUGACCUUUGUCCUUUAUGGAUCUUUCCCAGGUGUGAAGGUCCCUCCUGGGCACUAUUGAGGUCAGACCAAUAUCCAGUGGCUUGGGGACACUAGUUCACUCUAGCUCUGGCCCUUUCCUGAAGAGAGCCCAGUCCCCGCCCUUCUGUUUCCCAGGGGCAAGGCUGCCAGGUGUUUGGAGAGUGAACGUCAGGUCCUCCCUCCUCUGCUCCUUCCCUCCGACCUUGAGAACACGCUCCAAGCUCCAUAAUGGCAGCAGAGACCCUCAACUUUGGGCCUGAAUGGCUCAGGGCCCUUUCGAGUGGUGGCAGCGUGGCCUCCCCACCCCCGUCCCCUGCCAUGCCCAAAUACAAGCUGGCUGACUAUCGCUAUGGGCGAGAGGAGAUGCUGGCCCUCUAUGUCAGGGAGAACAAGGUCCCUGAAGAGCUACAGGAAAAGGAGUUUGCUGCAGUGUUACAGGAGGAGCCACUGCAACCCCUGGCCUUGGAGCCUCUGACUGAGGAGGAGCAGAGAAACUUCUCCCUGUCAGUGAACAGUGUGGCUGUGCUGAGGCUGAUGGGGAAAGGGGCUGGCCCCUCCCUGGCUGGCACCUCCCGUGGCAGGGGCAGCACGCGGAGCCGAGGUCUCAUCCCUUCUCCAGGCCGUGGCCGCGGUGACAGUUGCUUUUACCAAAGAAGCAUCGAAGAAGGUGAUGGGGCCUUUGGACGAAACCCCCGGGAGAUCCAGCGUAGCCAGAGCUGGGACGACAGAGGUGAGAGGCGCUUUGAGAAGUCGGCAAGGAGGGAUGGAGCACGAUCUGGGUUUGAGGAGGGAGGGGCUGGCCCAAGGAAGGAACAUGCCCGCUCAGAUAGUGAGAACUGGCGUUCCCUACGGGAGGAGCACGAGGAAGAGGAGGAGGGCAGCUGGAGACUUGGGGCAGGACCCCGGCGAGAUGGUGACCGCUGGCGCUCAGCCAGCCCUGAUGGAGGCCCCCGCUCUGCUGGCUGGCGGGAACAUGGGGACCGGCGUCGCAAGUUUGAAUUUGAUUUGCGAGGGGAUCGAGGCGGGUGUGGUGAAGAGGAGGGGCGGGGUGGGGGAGGCGGCUCUCAUCUCCGGAGGGGCCCUCGGCCUGACGGCUUUGAUGACGACAAGGAUGGGCUCCCGGAGUGGUGCCUGGACGAUGAGGACGAAGAAAUGGGCACCUUCGAUGCCUCUGGGGCCUUCUUGCCUCUCAAGAAGGGCCCCAAGGAGCCCAUUCCUGAGGAGCAGGAGCUCGACUUCCAGGGUCUGGAAGAAGAGGAGGAAGAGCCUGCAGAAGGGCUGGAUGAGGAGGGGCCUGAGGCAGGGGGAAAAGAGCCCACCCCACUGCUGCCUCAGGAAGAAAAGUCCAGCUCUCCAUCUCCACUGCCCACUUUGGGCCCACUCUGGGGGAUGAAUGGGGAUGGUGACGAAGCUGUGGAGAAAGAGCUGCCAGCAGCUGAAGGAGAUGACCUGAGGGGAAUGCAGCUGAGUCCUGAGGUGGACUCCCCUUCUGGUCCACCUGGAGAUCUGGAAGAUGAUGAAGGCUUGAAACACCUGCAGCAGGAGGCAGAGAAGCUGGUGGCCUCCCUGCAGGACAGCUCCCUGGAGGAGGAGCAGUUCACAGCCACCAUGCAGACCCAGGGCUUGCGCCACUCUGCAGCUGCCACUGCCCUCCCCCUCAGCCACGGCGCUGCCCGAAAGUGGUUCUACAAGGACCCGCAGGGGGAGAUCCAAGGCCCCUUCACCACACAGGAGAUGGCAGAGUGGUUCCAGGCUGGCUAUUUCUCCAUGUCGCUGCUCGUGAAGCGGGGCUGUGAUGAGGGUUUCCAGCCUCUGGGGGAGGUGAUCAAGAUGUGGGGUCGUGUACCCUUUGCCCCAGGGCCCUCGCCACCCCCCCUACUGGGCAACAUGGACCAGGAGCGGUUGAAGAAGCAGCAGGAGCUGGCGGCGGCAGCCCUGUACCAGCAGCUGCAGCACCAGCAGUUUCUUCAGCUGGUCAGCAGCCGCCAGCACCCGCAGUGUGCCCUCCGGGAAAAGGCAGCUAUGGGGGACCUGACGCCGCCGCAGCAGCAGCAGCUCACGGCGUUCCUGCAGCAGCUCCAGGCUCUCAAACCCCCCAGAGGUGGGGACCAGAACCUGCUCCCGACGAUGAGCCGGUCCUUGUCGGUGCCAGAUUCGGGCCCCCUCUGGGAUGUACAUACCUCAGCCUCAUCACAGUCAGGUGGUGAGGCCAGUCUUUGGGACAUACCAAUUAACUCUUCGACUCAGGGUCCAAUUCUAGAACAACUCCAGCUGCAACAUAAAUUCCAAGAGCGCAGAGAAGUGGAGCUCAGGGCGAAGCGGGAGGAGGAGGAGCGGAAGCGGCGGGAGGAAAAGCGGCGCCAGCAGCAGCAGGAGGAGCAGAAGCGGCGGCAGGAGGAGGAGGAGUUGUUUCGGCGCAAGCAGGUGCGGCAGCAGGAGCUGCUGCUGAAACUGUUGCAGCAGCAGCAGCAGGCAGUAGCCACAGUCCCCGUGCCCCCUGCACCCAGCUCCCCGCCCCCGCUCUGGGCUGGCCUGGCCAAGCAGGGGAUCUCCAUGAAGACGCUGCUGGAGCUGCAGUUGGAGGGCGACCGGCACCUGCACAAGCAGCCCCCGCCUCGGGAGUCAUCGCGGGCGCAGGCCCCCAACCACCGUGUGCAGCUUGGGGGCCUGGGCACUGCCCCCUUGAACCAAUGGGUAUCUGAGGCUGGGCCGCUGUGGGGCAUGCCUGACAAGAGUGGGGGCAGUAGCCUGGGACUCUGGGAGGACACCCUCAAGAGCGGUGGGAGCCUGGUCCGUAGCCUUGGCCUGAAGAACAGUCGGAGCAGCCCAUCUCUCAGUGACUCAUACAGCCACCUGUCAGGUCGGCCUGUUCGCAAAAAGACAGAGGAAGAAGAGAAGCUGUUGAAGCUGCUGCAGGGCAUCCCCAGGCCCCAGGAUGGCUUCACCCAGUGGUGUGAGCAGAUGCUGCACACGCUUAGCACCACGGGCAGCCUGGACGUGCCCAUGGCUGUGGCGAUCCUCAAGGAGGUGGAAUCCCCCUAUGAUGUCCACGAUUAUAUCCGUUCCUGCUUGGGGGACACGCUGGAAGCCAAAGAAUUUGCCAAACAGUUCCUGGAGCGGAGGGCCAAGCAGAAAGCCAGCCAGCAACGGCAGCAGCAGCAGCAGGAGGCUUGGCUGAGCAGUGCCUCCCUGCAGACAGCCUUCCAGGCCAACCAUAGCACCAAACUCGGCCCCGGGGAGGGCAGCAAGGCCAAGAGGCGGGCAUUGAUGCUGCACUCAGACCCCAGUAUCUUGGGGUACUCCCUGCACGGAUCUUCUGGUGAGAUCGAGAGCAUGGAUGACUACUGACCAGCCCGUCCCACCAGCCCUGGGCUGUAGGACAGAUGCGGCGGCGGCGGCGGCGGCGGCGGCGGCAGCAGCAGCAGCAGCAGCAGCAG